AUGGACAUGUCUAGUGGGGGUAGUAACUAUUACUAUCUACUCAAUAUACACAGAGAGGCAACAUUAGAUGACAUUAAAAAAGCGUAUAAGAAGGCAGCCUUAAUACAUCAUCCUGAUAAAGGAGGGGAUGAGGAAAUGUUCAAGUCAGUGAAGCAAGCCUUCGAGGUCUUGUCCAACACCAACACACGAUAUAUGUACAAUAAGAAGAAUAAAACAGAUGGUAUAAUCAGCAGGAAACAAGAACAACCAAGAAGGAGCCAAGCAGACAAACCACAUCCUAAAAAGCAUUAUGAUGGUGACGAUAAGGUGAAGAGUGAGGCGGGUGGAACGAGUAGGAGUGAUGGGGUAUCGUAUAAUAUGAUGAGUAUAAAGGAACUCAAGGAUAGACUCACGAGUUUGGGUAUUAGACAUGAUGACUGCAUUGAAAGGGAUGAUCUCAUAAAACGAUUAACGUCUAAGAAUCGUGGGGAAGCCACUCAUAGACGUACUAGUGAGAAGGGGAGAGGUAGCAGUACAUACGCCAACAUAACUAUUGAUAUAAACAUCAUCAACCAUUCCGUAGGAGCCCCGCGAUACAAGAUAAUAACAAUGGGAGCGGAGGCUGUUGGUAAGAGCUGUAUAGUUAAGAGGUAUUGUGAGGGAAGAUUUAUCAAACGAUAUAUAAGUACUAUCGGUAUCGAUUAUGGUACAAAGACUAUCAAAUACAGUGGAGAAGGGAAGAGUCAUAUUAUGAAGAUAAAUCUCUUCGAUAUGGCUGGACAUGAUGAAUUCAGAGAUAUCAGGAUUGAAUUUUAUGAUAACACACAAAGUGGACUGCUGGUGUAUGAUGUGACGUCUAUGGCAUCGUUUAGAGCACUAGAUGGUUGGCUCAAUGAGCUCAUCACCAUACGAGAAUGUAACAGUAAGAUUGGUAGGGAUAAGAUCCCUAUCAUACUGGUAGCUAAUAAGAUAGAUGUUGAAGCAUUGAGAGUAGUAACUAGAGAACAAGGUGAGGACUAUGCAGCACAGAACGGUAUGAAGUAUUUCGAGACAAGCGCUAACACUGGAGAGGGAAUACAGGAAGCAUUCUUGUAUCUUUUCACACGACUAUUAUCAACGUGCUAUCAUUAA